UGAUUAACCACUAUUCAUCGCCAUUUUUCGAUUGCCAUGUAAAUUUCCGAAUGUUUACGGUCUGCAAGACGCCGCCACUACCCAAGUUUUCGUUCCAGCCAAGGCUCAGCAGGUCUCAAAGCACUAUGUAGUGGAAUCGAAAGUAUUUAUCGAUCGUUUGAUAUAUAUGUUAUCAUGAGUAUUACAUGAGAAAACGAAAAUUAAUGCAAUUUGUCUACUGCUUCGAUGGCCGGAACGGUUGCCAAGUUGCCUGUAUACAACUUCGGGCAAGGUGAGCACCGCACGGUAAUGAAUGGGAGCGAUGCGGACGAGUCCGGUGAGCGUGAUGAGCGAGAAAUGGAUGAUGAUGAUGACCUUUUCAGACAGUUGCAAGACAGCAGUUAUGUCCAGCAUAGGGAAUAUAUUCUUGAUGAACUUGUUUCUAAAGUCAGGAGGAAUGGAGGUAAAGCUCCAUUUAAAAAUCCUCGUACACUUUUCAAGGGUCUUGCACUUGUUAUGCGAGACCAGGAAAAGAAUGUGCGACUCAAGUGCAUUCAAUUUAUCAUGGACUUGGUUCCAAUUCUCAAGCAGGAGCUUGAUGCCUGCAUGAUGCUCAUCAUGCUUGAUCUGAUAUCAAGCUUUAGUGAUGCAAAGGUAUCAAUACGGAAGGCUGCUGUUCAGACGCUGCAUAUGUACAUGAAGCAUACAACUAACAUUGAGCAAAUCUUCAACUCAAUUGUGAAGUAUGGGUUAGAAAAUGAAGACCCCAAAAUCAGAGCCGAAACAGCAGUUUCAAUUCCUGUUCUUCUGACAGGGGAAUUUGCAAACACUGACUUGUCAAUUGUUACUCGUGCAUUGGCUAGAAAGUUCACCGAUGAUACUGAUUUGAUGGUAACUGCAGGCGUAUCUUUGGACAGAAUCUGUUCUUUGGUUGGGGAAGCAUCAUUUAACUCGUACAUAGACAGCUUGCCAGCAAGAAUCAAAAGUGGUUAUUGCAAAAGAACAGGGAGACCUGAUCCUAGCCCAAGAAUCCCCUCAGAAGGAUAUUCAACCUCAGGAUCUCUAGAUUGGAAUUCCAACCGAACAACGGAACCUAAAACUGUCCCAGGUGACGAGCGUAGAUCGAGGCCUAAGCCAAAUGUUGAAAAACAGUUUGGAAUUGUACCACAAGAUGUGCUUGAUCAAUUGUCAGACCAAGAACACUGGACUGAGAGAGCAUCUGGGGUACAGGAGCUCAAAGAAAUAGUUGUGGAACUCAAGGACAUAUCACAGCUUACACCUCACAUGAUCAAUUUCAUCAGUUUCCUGUGCAACUUACUUGAUGACUCCAAUUUCAAAGUUAGCUUGCACACCUUGGAAAUAUUUCAAGAACUGGUUCUCAAGUUCAACCAAAACAUUAAACCAUUCGUUCGACACAUAGUAAAUGCUCUUUCAAAGCGCUUAGGAGACAACAAGACAGUUAUUAGACAAGCAAACAUGAAGGUGAUGAUGCAGCUUAUGCAAAGUGUAGGACCCAAACCUGUAGUUCAUGUAGUAUCAGAGUUGAAGAACCAGCGGAAAUCUGGAGUACGAGAGGAAGCUUUGAACAUUGUGAUUGCAGCUCUUCUGACAUUUCCUAGUUAUGACUUUGACCUGCCAGUCAUUUGCCGAACACUGUCACAAUGUCUAAAUGAUCAGAAGAGAAGGGUAAGGCAAGCAACGCUAGAACUGUUUGCUGCCCUGGCUCAAGCAAUGGGACCAACUAGAAUAGGUCCUCUCAUUGAUGCUGUAGAUCAGAUUGAAAUGAAAACAGAAGAAGAAGGAGUCAUGAAGGCAGUUCAAGCAAGACUGGCAAGGAGACAGCUACCCAGAUUAAAUGAGAAUGGUUUAGUGGAGUAUGCAUCUCAGACACCAUCGUCAGCAGCAGCUGCAGGCAGAACAGCAUCAUCAGCUGGUUAUGAUACUGAAUGGAUUUUGAAAGCUACAAGAAACUCAAGUGCAAAAGAAAGAGCCUUCACUGAUCCUGGGAUAGAGCUUUCCCAACCAUCACCUACAAGAGCUAAACCACCCAUGAGUAAUGCUGCCAACCCUGAUUCACAACCUCCUAAAAGGUUUCUGAGUGCAGGGAGAGGUCGCUCCAAACUACCAUGGGAAGAAGUGAGAGAUGCAAGGGCUGGAGAGGAUAAGGAAGAUGGAGCUGGACAGAAGACCACAGGCAAAGGCAGAGUGCAAAUAAACAGUGCUCCAACUCAGAAACGUGAGGAGCCUGGGAUAAGACGACCGCCUAUCAAAGCUCGAAAUACAUGGAACGGAGGGGAAGAUGUGUGGGACAAUGCUAGACGUAGUCACAACAACCUUACUGAUAUGGGAUCUGACCAAGGUUCAGGUUCAGCUUCUAGUGGAUCGUACCGUCAGAUCCAUCUUGACAAACUCAAGAGAGCAUCUCUAAAUACCUACCCUGGGAGGGGGCGAGGUAGCUGGGAGGAUGAGCCUCACGCAUCAGGAAGCCACAGUGCACCAGUCACAGAGAGAGACCUGAAUCUUUGGAAAACUUUUUCUUUUGAUGGAGAUAAUAUAUUUGGUGGACCAGAUCCAUUCAUUGGCAACACAGCAGUCAUCCCCAAGAAGCGUGGCUCCCCCAAACAGCACCCCUCCCAGCAGCAUCACCAUCAUCAGGAGGACUCUGAGCACCUCGCCCACCCCGCCCUCAGGCAACAGCUAUCCUACAGUGAGAAGUACAUGCCGUCUGUGGGAGCAUCCCGCUCCAGGAAUGAGGAGGAAAGGGAGCAGCGAAUGAAUCGGAAGAGCCUGUCAAACUCCUGGCCUGAUCAGGGUAUCGGCAUGGAUGAUGGUCCAUCCUCGUCCUCCAAUGCUGGGCGUAAGAAGAUGGACCUUAUGUUGGAUUCUCUCCAUGACUUCCAUGCAAUUUCUCAAUAUGACGUCCCUUCACCCAACAAAUCCAAUUUCCCUGCCGGUACCUCCCCCAUCUCACCCAUCCCCCUGAAGGCUACACUGGCCCGAUCAGCAGGGAGGAGGGGGCAAGGUAGAGCACCGUUGGUACCCCUAGAGAAGACUACUAGUCCUCGGGAUGAUUAUGAUGACUGGGAUUCUUAUCAGGAUACCCACCGAUCGGAUUGGACAGACACUGACGUUGUUCCUAAUAGAUCCUCACUGGAUAACAUAAGAGGCAGCGCAGCCAAGAAGCGAGCAGAGAAAAUGGCACGGGGGCAGGAUAAAUCCUCCGGUGGGAGCAACAGGGACUUAGACGAUAGUGGGUUAUUCAGUCUACAGUCUACGGGGCGCUUGGAUUUCGAUGAUGGGACGCAUAAUGGAGCUCAAACUACAUACGUCAAGAAGAAAAAUCAAACUGGAAAGAAAGGAUCUGACUCUCCAUUCAGUUCUAAGCCACGUAUAGCACGGUCAAACUCUGGGAAAGGUUCAAGACGAACUGCUGCCGGGGAGCAACGCCAAGAUGGCGGUAGCUCUUCAGCAAACCUGGAGUUUAAUCCCUCGGGAGGAGUGACGUUCAGAGACAAUGCGACGUCUGACGUGAGCAUCAUCGGUCAUGGCUUCGGGAAUGGACGGGGCAUCGGUCAUAAGGACAUUGAUCUCUCAGAUAAUCAUGUGCCUGCAGGCAAAGGACAGAAUUCUCGGGAUAGGAAGAGAACAAAGGGGUCUAUCCUGUCUCCUCUAUCGAUGGCGUCUUUACAGCAUCCUGGAGGAGUUGAUCUGGAUGACAACGGGGCUUUGGUUGGGGAGGACUUUGCCAUGGUUAUUGGAAAAGGUGUGUUUGGUAAUGAUGCUAAUAUAGUAGAGUACCCACGAUCAAAUGGUGGAGAGAAGACAAUGAGGAGGAAAGAAAGCCAUGAAGACGGUGCCUUACCUGAGGUUAUUGGUCUUCAGGUUCGGCAUGAUGAGGACAGUCCGGAAGAAAAUGACUUGUCUAUGUCCCUCUCUAAAGCAACAAUGGACAGGAUGGCAAGGAAACAGAUAGAGAAGAAGGAGGAGUUGGAGCAGCGCAAGGCGGAUCGUAAGGCCGAGAAGGAGCGUGCUGAUGCAGAGAGACGCACUCAGGAGAAGGAGCGCGAGGUACAGAGAAGAGUUCUGGAGAAGGAAAUAGAUGCCCAGAGAAAAGUGAUGCAGGAACGUGAAAGGGAGCAGCAGCGGCUUGAUUUCGAGAAGCAACAGAGGGAGAAGGAAAAGUUCAAGGAGGAGAGAGAGCGCCAGAGGGAGGAGAGGAUGAGAGAGAGGGAGGAACAGAAGAGAGAGCGAGAAGAAAGACUGCGGGAGGACAGAGAGCGUCAGAGAGCAGAGCGGGAAGAGAGGGAGCAUCAGAAGGUAGAGAGAGAGAGGAUAAGGGAGGAGCAACAAGGCAAGGCUAGGGAGAGACAGAGGGAGAAACUCAAGCAGCUUGAGUUAGAGGGUGCCAUGGAUCAUGAUGAUGGGGGUGAUCUUGCUAUCAAUGGAGCUAUGCUAGAUAGCAGUAGACCUAAUCCUCCAGCCAGAGUAACGGCCAAGCCUCCUGCAGCUGCUACACCACCUAAGAAGAAAAACAGUGGGAUUUCUGUGACAAAGAAUUCUAGUGGUCCUCCUGCUGUAACAUCACCACCAGGGAACGACGUCCAGAGCAGAGAGAUGAAACCAGUUAAUAAUGUAGAUGUAGCUGUCAAAGAUUGUUUUAGAUUGAUCGGACAUGAAGACUGGGAAAUCAAGUUGGAUGGCUUGUUCAUUAUUCAAAGGCUAGCCAUUUUCCAUAGCAAUGACUUAGGAGGUCAGCUGCAUGCAAUGGUCGUGGCUGUUCUUAAUGAGGUCAAGAAUCUGAGGUCAACGGUUGCUAGGGCUGCGUUAUCUACACUAGGAGAUAUGUUCACGUCAUUUAAAACCAGUAUGGACAAGGACUUGGAUCCGAUCUGUCGUAUCUUGUUACCCAAGGCUGGUGAGAGCAAUGCUUUCAUUCGAGAGGAUGUUGACAAGGCCUUAGAUGCCAUGGUCAAGAACGCAAACCCACAAAGAGUAUUAGGAGCAUUGAUCACUGCUGGAGCAAGUCAUAAGAGUGCUAUGGUACGCAAGACGACCAGUGUGUUUCUGGAUGCAGUGGUAGAGCGUAUGGGACCAGGAAGGAUACUGAGUGGAGUGAAGGAUGUCACUGAUAAGAUCUUACCUGUUACAGCUCAGCUAGCGCUCGACAAUGGACAAGAAACAAGGUACUAUGCGAGGAAGAUGUUCUUUAAUCUGAUGCACCAUGAGGACUUUGAUCGGUUGAUUGAGAAACAUGUCCCAGCUAAGAAUCUCAAGAGGAUCAGAGACAUCCUGGAAAACCUCAAGAAUAAGGGUCUUGGUGAUGUCCCAUCAGAUACUUCAUCUGCCAAAGCUCGUCGUAGCAAUCCUGGUAGUCGAGCCAACUCUGGAUCUCAAUCAUAUUCUAGGGAUAGAAAUGAAUACAGUGAGGUGGACGGCACCCCACCAAGCUCAGUCAAGAAAGGAAAGCGGUCUGGCGGAGGAGCCCGUGGAGAAGAGAACGAGACUAUCAAGAGUCUUUGUGAAGGUCUAGGAGCAUCGGAUUGGAUGUCUAGGUUACAAGCCAUUGAGAGACUACAAUCCAUGUGUGAAACAAAUCAAGACUUGGUUGAUGGGAGCUUAGUCAAGAUCUUUGAUAAAUUCAUCUCGAGGUUAUCAGACUCGAACAGUAAAGUGAACAUAGCUGCUCUGACAACCAUGAAAGACAUCGUACCUCGGCUUGGUGAAUCCUUACCGGCUGUCGUCAAUAACCUCGUCCCAAUCCUAGUCCAGAACCUUGCAGCAAAGAACCCUAGCAUCAGUCAGACCAGUAAUGACAUCCUAGAUCUCAUUCUGGAACAUGUUGAUAUGCUGGUAUUAGUUCAGCCUUACUCCAAUGCUACUCAGUAUGGCAACGUGAGAGCCAGGCCAGCAAUGGUAGAAAAGUUGUCCUACCUUGUGACCAAGGUGUACCCACGGAAGCAACAGACGGUCGUCAGGAACGUUCUACCUGUUCUAUGGUACCUCCUGGGCAACAUGACAGGUAGCGGGGCGGUACCGGGGGGUUCAGGCAACCUACGUAGUGCCACAGCCGUCCUUGCUAGUAGCCUUCAUGAUCAGAUGGGUGAAGGCUUACUCCAACAUGCUCAGAACCUACCCCCUAGGAGUGUCAAGACACUCAAAGAACUCAUCGAUGAAGAGACUACAUGACAUAGGUAGUGCGCUGUAGCUGCAAUGGGGAUAAUAAGUCAAUGGUGAUAUUGGUUUUUAUUGCCUCUGUCUCACUUUUUUACAUUUCAAGAUCUCAUGAGAGGUAAGGAACAAAUGGUCAUAAACGGAGAUUCCCGCUGAAAAUUCUAUAAAAACAAUUUUAUACCUGUACCGUGUAGGAAAGAAAAGAAGAGUUCAUUUAUAUUGCAGAUGUUGCGUCAGUGAUAGAGGUAUUCAAAAAUACAGGCUUAAAGCUCUGGUAGUUAGCAAAUUUAUCAAACUUUUUACAAAGUUUGAUAUGUUUCUAAUGACUUGUAUGUAUUCAUUUUACUUAAAUUUAUUCAUUUUACUUAAGUAAAGCUUAUUUUUAUUUGUAGGACACAUAGAUCACAGUGUGGAUAUAGUCUAGUACAGACAUGCCCAUGCUGUUUGUAACAUCAUUUCUAUGUUAAUUGAACCAUCCAGGUUGUCAAGGAAAUGUGCAAGAUUUAAGUAAAGGAACUAUUUUGCUGUAGAUGCCAAAUCUCCCCCUCCCCCCCCCCCCCCCCCUCUUUAAAAAAAAAGGAAAAUCUUUUCUAGCAGAUUAUGUCGACCAUUUUUGUUAUAAAACGUGGAGAGAAAUUCAAGAUUCUUUUCUUCUCGAAAGUAUUUCAAUAUAAUGCUUUAGCUUAAAUGUCUUUAUCUAGUAGUGUUCAAUCAUUUCAAGUUAGAUUAAUGUUCAAUCACUUGAAAUAUCUUAGAUAGUAAUUAUAAUGUCUUUUUUUGAGGAAAAAAAUUGCUCAGCCAAAGUUGGAAAAAAAUUGUGACCAAAAAGUCUAACAAACUCUGUCAAUGUAGAAAAACCCCUUCAUAUCAUGCAAAGCUAAGAUAGAGAGCUAAGUUCCUUUUACCCCUGUGAUGUGUGCUAUAUAGAAUGAUAGAGUUCAGAAGCGUUUCUAAGAUAAUGAAUAUUUGUUUUGAAAAGUGCAAGAUUUUAUGAAAGUAUUGAUUGCCCAUGUCCGUCCAUGAUAUGAAUUAGAUAGUUAAUGUUCACUAAAGAACCUCUUUUCACACAGGCCAGUAAAUCUCAAGUCAAGAGGAAAAAUCGUAUUGUAAAAACCUUUGAAAAAUUCUAUGACGUAUAUAGAUAUAUAUAUAUAUAUAUAUAUUUGCAUCAUACCUUUAACUUUGCUACAUAUUUACGUUUGAAAUUGUUAAUCAAGUGAUUGUUGCCAAAUGUCAUUGACAAACUUAGACUUAUCUUAUAGUUAUUCCUUUUCAAUUUAUUGUAGACAUUAAGGUCAUUUGGUGUAAUUGUUACAUAUUUAUCUUUCAUGUCAGUAUUGUAAUAGCUAUUGGCUAAUGCUUAAAAGAAGCUGUUACAUGCAUGUUAUCUGGAUUGAUGACGUCAACAAAUUUGGAGGGAUAUGUCAGGUACACAGAAACAGAGACAGAAUUGUUGAAUGGCAUGAGCAAAACUUACCUUUUAUUCAUGUGAAACCAUAGUUUGGACUCAAUUCAGGGACAUCUGUCAUUUAUUUAUACGCAUGUACUGUUGUUGAGGGUACUAAGAACUGUAUUAGCAGUUCCUAGAGAUCAUUGAUGUAAGAACAUAGGAAACUACUGGUUGGACGACAGCCCUGUUCAACCUUUGUAAUGCCUGGCCAAAUUAUAUCUUUUUUUAUAAUUACUAUAUAAAUACUUAAUUAUAAUUAGUAUAAAAUUACACAAUUGGAGGUGUUGUGGUCUAGUGGAUAUGUCACUAACUAUGGAUCACAUGGUUUGUGGUUCAAGUCCUGUCGCAGCACUAGUGUCCUUUGGCAAGACAUUAAUCUACAUAUGCCACUAACCUACUGUUAUGAUUUUUAUUAUUUGAAGCCUCCAUUGCAAAGAUUUGGUAGGCUUCUGUUUGUUUUGUUUUUUCUAAAUAAUAUCUGAAUGUUCUUGUGUAUGUUUUGCUGGAGUUGGAGAUUCCAGUGCAGUUAUUUUAGUAUAAUUUUGGAUAAAAUAGUAGGAUUUUGCUUUGUUGGUACUAAUAGUGUGCAACAGAAGACAGUAUUAAUGAGACAUAUUUUUAUUUAUAUUAAUUGCCUGCCUUUAGCUAUUAGCACCUUGAGGGAUCAUUGUAAGGAUAAUCAAAGAAGAAAGCAAUUUUUCUUUUAGUCAAUAACCUUUGGACUUAUACUUAUGUGUUUUGCUGUGGUAUUUUAACUGAAAUUAAUUACUUGUAAAUAAAAACUGUAUUCUUGAAUGUAAAUAAGAGGUUAUAUCUCAAUUUGAAGAAAUGUAUUUUGACUGUGUUCUAUAUUUGUGUACCGUCCAUGUACAGUUGUGAUUGCUAUAUGUGUUUGACAGUUUACUUGUAACGUACUAUAGCUGCAAAAUCUAACAUGUAUUGUGAUAUUGUGUAACUAUGAAAUAGUGGGUACAAGAUAUAUUAAUCUGGCACUGUGGAAAAAACAAUGUCAAAUGGCUAGGGUAAUUCUUAAGUUGGGAUGAUGUAUGUUUAUGUUGAAGUGGCAAUCAAGAAAUAGAAAGAAGUUCAUUCUUCAUGGAAUCAGUAAUUGACAGAAAAAUAGAUGUAGUUAACACACUAGCUCUAAAAUAUAUGUGAAGAGUUAACGAUUUUUUCCUUUUCCAGAUGCUAUGUACAUGUAUAAUGGUUGGCCAAAGCGUAAGUCAAAGGGUAACCACAUGUAUGUCAGAUUUACUUAAUUGCUGCACUCCAUAUUGCAAUAUGAUAUGAGGAACAAACGCCAUGUCAGAUUAUGCUAUCUGUCAAAGAUGAUUGUGUAGCUUAUGACUGCCUCUCAAAUCUGCUUGAGUAAACCUAAAAUUCAUUUUUGUCUAAGAUUAACUAAGAUGAUUUAGCGUUGACAAUGAUCCUUUUCUACAUGAAGCUUACCAGAAGUAUGCAUUUCAUUAGUAGUAUUAUACAUUUUCUAUAUUGGGCAUUUUGAUGGUCAAAUACCAAUUAAUUUUUCUUGGUUUAUUAACAUUGAAGCAGGCCAUAUCACAUCAUACACCAUUUUGUGUGGAUGUUAUUUUUGUCUUCUACUACCGGUAUACAGAAUUACUGAUUGAUGAUAUUUCAUCUCGCCCUUGACCCUGUCCAGUAGUAGACUUAGACAAUUGUAUAAACAUUAACAAUAUACAGCUAUAAAUUCAAGGCUCAAAGUUCCCAAUAUUUUUAGUAUGCAUGAUUUAAUGGAUUCUUAGGUACCUACCAAUGUUAUAGAA